CGGAUGUGUGGUCUGUCUUUCGCCGCCGCUUGAACCCGCGUGCACUCCGCUCUCUGACAGUUCGACACACGGAGCUCGCGACCCGUCAUUCAAUACCUGAACCAUGGGGCCGACAGGUGAGGUGGUGUUUGGCAGCCCGGUGCCGGUCUGCUCUGAGAACCGGCUGCGCUGGGACCUGAGUCCCGAGCAGAUCCGGCAGCUCUCCGACGAGCUCAUCGCCAACACCAAGAAGGUGUACGACCGCGUCGGCGCGCUGGACCUCGACAGCGUCACCGUCGAGAACACGCUGAAGGCCCUCGCUGACGUGGAGGUCGACUACACCGUCCAGAGGAACAUGUUGGACUUCCCGCAGCACGUGUCUUCCUGUAAGGAAGUCCGAGCGGCGAGCACCGACGCCGACAAGCGUCUGUCCGAGUUCGACGUGGAGAUGAGCAUGAGGGAGGACGUCUACCAGAGGAUCGUCGCUCUGGAGGUGAGCACACUGACGUCCAAUCAGAGAGAUGAUUGGUGGAUAGGUCUGUUCCUCCUUUUCUCCCUGUCACGAACUCUCAGGUUUUUCCAACAAGGUGAAAAUAAAAGAGCACUAGACUGAAAUAAAGGGUCACCA